AUGACGGCGAAGAGAAAGAGGUCAGGCAAAGGCCUGGUUGAAGGGACGGCGGCGACGGCGAAGAGUAAGAGGUCAGGCAAAGGCGUGGUUGUAGGUACGGCGGCGACUGUUAAUGAGAGGCUACCAAGUCGGCUUUUUACCACCGACCGAUACCCAAGCAACAGGAAUAACUGCUAUUCGUCGCUGGAGUUCCUCCUCCUGGUGAGGGAUGUGCUUGAAGGUUCAGUCGAGAUGGAAAGGUUGUUGUGCUCCUGCUUCGGGUCUCUCUUCAGGUUACCAGUGCGGAGGUGCGCGUUCUCAGGGAAGUUGGUACAUGGGAUGCUUUGUAGGCAGUUGGUAACAAAGAAACGGUUUGAGAUGUGGCCUGUAUUUGGUGGAGGUCCGACUAGGUUUUCGCUGGCGGAGUUUGGCCAUGUUACUGGGUUGCCUUGUGGGGAGUUCGAGCCGGGAUAUGAGGUAGAUGAUAAAGCGAAGCCUAAGAAAGCAGAUUAUGUUUUCUGGGACAAGUUGUUUGGAGGAAGGCGUAACUUGACUGUAGAUGACCUCGCAGCCAUGGUCGCUGGUGAGUCAAUUAUGUCACAGGAAAAAAAGUUCAGAAUUUGCCUGAUCAUCAUAGUGGAUGGGGUGCUGAUGCCGAAAAUACAAAAGCCAAAGCCGACGUUGCAGUAUGUGAAGCUGGUGGAAAACCUAGACAAGUUCUUCUCCUUUCAGUGGGGGCGUGAGUCCUUUUGGUGGACGAUAAGCACGAUGUUACCGGCGAAGAAGGUGCUGGGAAAAUGCGAUGAUCCAGAAGGUGCAUUCUGCGCGCAGCUUAGGCAGGAUUCCAAAUUCCUACUUGGUUUUCCCCUGGCUCUGCAGCUUUGGGCGUUUGAAGCCAUACCGGUUCUACUUGACAGGCUUCGAGGCGAUGACAGUGUAACACUGCUGAGUUAUAUUGGGGACAAGCUGCCCACACAUACGGGGCUGGUGCUUACUGAUGUGCUUUCUGCGGAGAACAAUCCGAAGUUCACGGUUCUCCCAAUGGUGGAUGUCCACGAGGACAGAGAUGAUGGGUGGGGUGUGUUUGACUGCGAGAUUCUGGACCGUAAAGUGUCGUACAUGGUGGGGCUUUUGAAAUCUGGCCACAAGUUCGAGAAGGGGGAGUGGGGUGGUGGUGAUGCCGGGGAGCCUCUAUAUGUCCAUGACCCAACUGCGAAUGAAGUGAAAUGA